GAUGUGUUUCCUUCCCUCAUUUCCCUGCAUUUCUCCUCUGUGCUCAUUGUCACAGGGACACGCGCCUGCCCUGCUCAGUUACAGGGUGAACGUGUCUCUGCUGAUCUGAGCCCCACAGGAACCCACGUCUUCCUGAAGCAUCUCCAGGGUCUGACAACGUCCGAGGUCACCUCACCUGUUUCCAGCUGUAUCAUAAAAGUGAGUCAGGCUGAUAGAAAGAGGCGGUGCCCGCAACUGUAGGCCACUGCUGUGACUAUCCUGUGAGAGGCAGAUCCAACUUCCAAGGGACCACAACCUGUGCAUCUGUCUCUCCGUCCUGCAUGUCUGUCUGUCCAUCCUUCUGGCACCGUGGUCCCUUCCAUCUGCUCAGCUGACCCCAGAGGGACAGGACGUCAUGACCCCCACACUCACCGCCCUGCUCUGCCUGGGGCUGAGCGUGGGCCUGAGGACCAGAGUGCAGGCAGGGACCCUCCCCAAACCUACCCUCCAGGCUGAGCCAGGAUCUGUGAUCCCCUGGAGGAGCCCCGUGAACAUCACAUGUCAGGGGACUCUGGGGGCUGAGGAGUACCGUCUGGAUAAAAAGGGAAAAACACCUCCAUGGAAAACACAGAAGCCACCGAACCCCGGAGACAAGGCCACGUUCUCCAUCACAAACAUGACAGACCAUGAUGCAGGGAGAUAUCGCUGUUACUAUCGCAGCCCCUCUGGCUGGUCAGAGCGCAGUGACCCCCUGGAGCUGGUGGUGACAGGAUCCUACAGCAAACCCAGCCUCUCAGCCCUGCCCAGCCCUGUCGUGACCUCAGGAGGGAACGUGACCCUCCAGUGUGGCUCAGGGCUGGGAUUUGGCAGGUUCAUCCUGACUAAGGAAGGAGAACACAGGCUCUUCUGGACCCUGGACUCACAGACACACCCCAGUGGGCAGAACCAGGCCCUGUUCCCUGUGGGCCCCGUGACCCCCAGCCACAGGUGGACGUUCAGAUGCUAUGGCUGUUACAGUUACCGACCCCAAGUGUGUUCACAGCCCAGUGACACUCUGGAGCUUCUGGUCCCAGGUGAGUCCCAUUAUUGUCCCUUCCAUGGAUUGAGGCACCAGACAGGUUGUUGGCAUCUUUGCUGGGAGGGAGCCACAGGUCAGAGGUGGGGUCAGGGGAGCACAGAGGCUCCUGGAGCAGAGACACAGAGAGACAGUGAGACCCGGGCCAGGUCAGGAGAAGGGGUUAUGGGAGGAGCAGCCCCUGUACUCACGUCUGGUCUCUCAGGUGUGUCUGGGACGCCCUCCCUCCUGGCCCAGCAGGGCCCCAUCGUGGCCUCUGGACAGAGCCUGACCCUCCAGUGUCGCUCUGAUGUCGGCUAUGACAGAUUCGCUCUGUCCAAGGAGGAGGAGCUGGACCCCACACAGAGCCUGGUCCUGCAGCCCCAGGUUGGGCUCUCUCAGGCCGACUUCUCCCUGGACCCAGUGCGCAGCUCCCACGGGGGCCGGUACAGAUGCUACGGUGGACACAACCUCUCCUCUGAGUGGUCGGCCCCCAGUGACCCCCUGGACAUCCUGGUGGCAGGACAGCUCUCUGACAGACCCUCCCUCUCGGUGCAGCCGGGCACCAUGGUGACCUCAGGAGAGAAGGUGACCCUGCUGUGUCAGUCACAGUAUCCGACGAAAACUUUCCUUCUGUCCAAGGAGGGGACAGCUGAUCCCCCCCUGCAUCUUCCAUCAGAGCACCGAGCUCAGCAGUACCAGGCAGAGUUCUCCAUGAGUCCUGUGACCUCCGCCCACGGGGGCACCUACAGGUGCUACAGCUCACUCAGCACCGCCCCCUACCUGCUGUCACACCCCAGUGAGUCCCUGGAGCUGCGGGUCUCAGGACCCUCUGUUCCCCCAGCCCCCCACCCACAGGGCCCAUCUCCACAGCUGGUGAGUCAUGGGGCGUGUGUGCUCAGAGGGAGCACAGACCACCCCGGAUGCUUCUGAUUCCCUCAGAGGGUCUCAUGCCCCCGACACUAAGGACAGGCUGUGUCCCAGGGGCUGGGAGCAGGGGAUAGACUGAGGGUGAACCAGGGGCUUCAGGGCUCUGAGGCUUCACCCCACAAUGGAUAGGCCUGCAGAGGGUUAAGUGAGGCAAGUGACAGGUGGGGUGGUCAUGGCCCAGGGAGACGUUGGGGCCUGGGAAGGGGGAGGAGAAACUGAGCUCAAGUGGGGAGAAAACAGCCCCCACCACCAAUCCAGAUCCCAGGAGGAACUGAGGAUGGGUCCCUUCCCCACAUGGAGUCAGGCCUGCAGCGGGGUAACUGAGGGCCUGUGGGGAGGUGGUGGGGUGUCCAUGAGGGACAGGUGCUGAGUCAUGAGGGGUUCAGACCCCUCUAUAGACACUGACUUGGAUGCGCCCUUCCCCUGUCUGGGCCUCAGGGUCCCCAAGUGUAAAAGGAGAAAUUCAUGGCCCAGAGCUUAGAUUUCCUUUCAGUUCUGGUUCUGACCUCCUGGGGGAGGGGGCCUCACAGGGACACCCAGGACGUGGUGUGGGGACUGUCCCCUCUUCAACAGUGAUGGUGACAUGCACAGGGAGGGGCAGGCAGGACAAGGGUCUGGGGCAUCCAGGUCCUUUCCCUCAGCCCAGGCUCAGCUCAGAGGAGAGAGGGCUGGAGUCAGACCUGGUUCAGUUCCCAGCUCUGCUGCUCCUGCGGGGGGUCAGGUGGUCCCUUCCCUUCCCUGAGUGUUGGGUCAUGUCUGUGCAUCUCGGGUCUCCUCCUGCUCACAGGCUGCUGUCAGAUAAGGUGACAUAAGGGGCCCCACAGAACUCAGGAAGGCAGAGCCCCAGUCCACCCGACCUUCCUAGGGGGCAUCUGCAGGGUGGAGAUGGAUCCAGGGGAGACACAGAGGCCACCCCACACCCCUGCUCCUCCCGUGUCUCUGCUGUGCUGAGGGUGGGGAAUAAGGAAGGACCCUCAGCUCAGAUGAGACGUGGACAGGCCCCUGCAGAUGAGAGGCCAGAGCACGAAGCUGAGGUCCCUCUGGGGCAGCAUGAGGAGAGCACAGGGCACCCACAGUCCCGGGUUUCAGUCCCAGCCCUGCACCGUCCAGGCUGGGUGACAUGGGGCAGGUGACUUACCUCUCUGAGCCCCUUGACCUGGGUGGUGGGGUACCGUCCCUGGUGCAUGACUGUGUGAGGAGAGAGGGAUGAAUGACAGACCCCAGCAGGUGCCUCACAUAGUGGGUGCACAGUACAUGACAUCAUAGGCUUAUUCAUGACAUCAUAAGGGAGAGAAGGGCUCCCCUGAUAUUUUGGAUCUGAUUCCUUUCCAGAAGUUGUCCCCAAACCCUCCAUCUGGGCGGACCCUGGCCCCUUGGUCACCACGGGGAGCCCUGUGACCCUCUGGUGUCAGGCG